AAAUUAUCUGUCGUAUAAAGAGAAGACAGAUAGAACGCGAUCACAUCAGUCGUCUCAGCAGGAGCCUUCCAACAUGUUGGUAAUCAUUCUGCCAUAUCUGUUGGCGGCACGCGUGCCCAGCCACGAGGCCACGUACCGCGACGAUUCCGACUGGCGGCGUUACGGGCCCGAGUGCACUUACGACGUGUUGGUAAACAUGUCCCUGUCCAACAUGGACGAGGACGCGAGGAUCUGCUCCGUGAUCGCGUUCGAGCUGAAAUGCAGAGCGAAAGGGAGCGACACGUUGAACUGCCGUUUCUCGAACGGAAGGACGGCGAGGCUCGAGGACGGGCGAGGGUGCUCGAACGCGAAGAGAAAUUUCGCCCCGUCGACGAGCGACAGAUUCGUGGACGAGCAACCGUUCGAGAUCAGGUUCAACGCGAGGGGCAUAGAGAAUCUGGUCGUGUCGAGGGACAUAGCCAGGUGGAGGUUGGACGCGAUGAGGGCGAUCGUAAGUCAGCUCAACGUUGGCUUCGAGUUGGGCAGCGGCCACGAUCGGUUCGUCGCCAUGGAGAACUCGAGCGUCGGUUACUGCGAGGUGGAGGUGAAGGUGUCGAGGGCUGGAUACGGGGGGGAGAGCGGCGGCGGGGGGUUGGAGAUCGCGUUGGAGCCCGAACGGGCAGACGUAGCGCCGUUGAGCAGGGGAAGCGUUCGGAUCGAGAAGGUGAGACGGCCGAAAAGAUGCCCGAACAGGAAGAUCUACUUCUUUGGAAAUCACCGAGAUUUCAGCUUUGGUAGCGAGGAUAUUUUCAUGGACAUGAUCACGUCCGUCAGUCGUAUGUACAUCUCGCGGAGGGAGAUGAAUUCGUUCACGGAGUCCACAGGCGUGAUGAGGACGUCGAACAGACCUAGAACGAUGAAUUUGCAUCAGAGGAUCGGUUUGUCUUUGAGAAAUAUAAAUCCUGCCCGAACCCCGAUCCCAGAAAUCGUAAAUCCAGCGUCUACUAGCUUGUACGCGUACACCAAUUUGGAGCGGAUUCCCGAGUACAAGUGAACAUUGUCUUUGACAAAUUGCAUAAUAAAAUUACGUACGUUUAGGCAUUUGAUCGAAAUGAUUUAAUUCUAAUAAUUUUUCGAUUUUAAACGAUUUAAUUAUUACGUUUUAGUGAUAGCGAUUUCGAUCCUCGAACGAAAUUUAAUUUAAAUCUUUCAUUCUUUGCUUCCUUUAUUGUAUUUAUUUAUUUAUUUACCUAAAAUGGUGAAAAUAGAUUUAUUUCUAUCCAUGAAUUCUAAAUGGAUCCUUGAAUGGUAAGCCGCGAAAUAGUUUAAGUUUAAGUAGUUUAAUAUCAAAUAUCUGGCUUUCAUGAUUGAAACGAAAUUAUUCAUAUAUGUAAAAUACUCGAGUUAAUCAAGUCCAAACUCUUCUAUUUAAUAUACGAAAAUUAGUUUAUCAAUCAAUUUGGAAUGAAUGAUCGAGAAUAGGUGAGAAAGUUGACUUCUUCGUUCGAACAAAGAAUAUUAUUUUAUGUAGACGAAUUUCUUAAGGAAUUUCUUGUAAGCACAAGUCUCUUAUAUUUAGAUAUAAUUUAAGUAUGUAUUUUCAGAUUAGGUUGUAUCAAUGAGUUUAGUUAAAAAUUAAUGCUUAAUCUAAAUGUCAUUCAACGUGUCAAAUAAAUUGCUGCAUAAAUGUAC